GUCAGUCAUACAAUUAGACAUCAUGGCCAAGAGAAAGAGAGUAGAAGCUGCUGCCAACGGCCAAUCUGGCCAGGAUCAGCCUCGCAAGGCUGUCAAGUCUGCAGCAGUGCCCGCCGAAUUUCCGGAGAAUGAUCCAGGUGCUGUAACCAUCCAAAUCGUUACAGGAUCUUACCAGAGCGUUUUGCAUGGAUUUACUGUUACUCUACCUGCCAAUCCUCCCAACGACAAGGAAGCACAGAAAGAAGACGGGACAUCCAAGCUGCACUUUGCGGACACUUUUCUAUUCCAAGCGCAUACAUCUGCAAUUCGAACACUUGCCCUGUCGCCGCCGACCAGUACAGAUGCUUCUCAGCCUCAAACAGCAAUUCUGGCCAGUGGUGGUUCAGAUGAGCGGAUAAAUUUAUACUCUCUUUCCAUGGCACCGCCAAUUGUCAGCGAACGAUUUCCUUCAGUUGCGACUCUAGCAGGAAACAAAAUUCUAGAAAAUCCGAAAAACCGAGAACUCGGGACUCUUCUUCACCAUUCUUCCAGUAUUACGACGCUCUACUUUCCAUCCAAGUCCAAAUUGAUAUCAGCAGCUGAAGACAAUACGAUAUCUGUAACCAGAAUUCGCGACUGGAACGUCGUCUCUACAGUGAAAGCACCCCAACCCAAAGCACAAGGCAGACCCAGUGGGGAUACAGCUCCUCCGGGAAGCGUGCCAUGCGGUAUCAAUGACUUUGCGGUACAUCCGAGUAUGAAGUUGAUGAUAAGUGUUGGUCGAGGCGAAAGAUGCAUGAGACUUUGGAAUUUAAUGACGGGUAAAAAGGCUGGCGUGCUAAAUUUCGACAAAGAAUUGCUACAGAGUGUCAAGGAGAAUAAAAGAUCUACCGGAGAAGGACGCGGGAUCGUCUGGGAUACUGCUGGGGAAGAAUUCGCUAUUGCUUUCGAGUGGGGGGUAGCGAUAUUUGGAAUAGACUCAACGCCCAAAUGCAAAGCAGUACCAUCUCCGUCAACCAAGGUGCAGAAAGUGAAAUAUAUCGAUUUUAGCGAAGACAAAGACGGCUCAAAAGAACUACUUACGGUAUCCACGGACGACGGCAGUGUGCUCUUCUACUCUACCAAAGAAGCUUCCACCUCAUCUGAUUCAUCCUCAAUACCUGAUGCCCAACUUUUCGGCCAAUUGGGUGGCAGGACAGGCGGUCUUUCAGGGCGUAUCAAAGGGUUUGAAAUCCUUAAUUUGUCUAGUUUUGACAAAUGGAAAGGAAAUUAUUUGCUAGUGACGUCCGGCAGCGACGGAGUGAUUCGCAUAUGGACUCUCAAGAUUAAAGAAGCCGCUAGUGGUGGACUGUCGUCUACGCUGCUCGAUUCAUACGAGACUGGUAAUAGAAUCACCUGUAUGGUCGCAUUUGCCAUGCAGAAGCCCCAACACCCGGAAGCCAUUAACGAGUCUGACCUGGACUCGGACGAAGAGAAAGAGGCAACAGAGGAAUCCAGCAGCGAUAGCGAUCAGAAUUGAUCAUAAAUGUAUAAUAUAUAUCAUAAAAGUCCUUUGCAUGAAUAUACAGUGAUGUGUC